UUUUUAGGCAGGAAACUGAGCGGAAUACGGAGAUUUGUGGGUGUGGUGCCCAUAGCGCGGGACACAUCAUUUUGUAGUUUAUUUUGCCGUUUCAUCCUGCCAUCCGUUUAGAAUGGACCCUUCCGAUACUCGAAAAAGGAACAUGGAAAAACGUCGCGAAACAUCUAGAUAUGCUGCUCGAGAUCGACGAGGAAAGGAAUCAGAAAUAUUCAGUGAUCUCCGUGCAGUCGUACCCAUCGUCGACGAAGGUAGCGUCACCCAUUUAGAUAGGAUAGCUGUGCUAAGGGUCAGUUCCGCAUGGUGUCGGAUAAGGAAAACAGCACCGAACGUGCUGAAACCGUCACUGGUGGGCCCUGAAGUCACUAAAAUAGGCCAGGAGCUUUGGUGUGAGGACACGAUUACAGAGGCUUUGGAUGGCUUUAUAAUCAUUGCCGACAGCGAUGGUACCAUUCUAUGCGUCACUGAGAGUGUGUGCCUGUACCUGGGUUUGAGUCAGACCGACCUGGUUGGUCGAGGACUCAAGGAGUUUCUGCACCCGAAUGACUACGCUGAGUACGUGGAAGCUACGAAUGCGCUCGGUGCUGUUCUCGUCGAGCAUCCUGAUGUUUCCAAAUCUCCUGAAAAUGGGUUGUAUGCUGAGCUGCGAAUGAAAACCGUCAUCACUCAACGCGGACGUAAUCUCAACCUAAAGAGCGCGCUCUACAAGCCGAUCUCAUUCAUCCUGCGGGCAGAACGCUCCCUGGGUGGCCAUGUCGUUCGUAUGCAUGCAUCAUCCGAACCGGCUGGACAAGGUUCCGUCAAUGCUCAUGCUACUGCUCUCACAAAGUACGCGGACACGCCAACGGGUUCUUUCAUGACACGCCACACUUCAGACAUGCGGAUAUCGUAUGUUCAUGAUCGCCUCAACUACAUCUUAAGGAAUGAAUUAAAAACACUCAUGGGCGCAAGCUUCUUUGAGUUGAUCGACCCUAGCGAUUUGUUAUCUUUCCGCGAGUCGAUGAAAGUGCUUUUCGCGAAGGGUCAUGUACGCACUCCUCUAUAUCGCUUAUUGGCGGCGAAUAAUGCUGUAGUUUGGGUCACAACCGAAGCGUCGACUGUCAAUCACACAUCUAAAGGUCAAAGAGCUCAAUAUGUGAUUUGCGUACACCAUAUUGCAGGGAUCAAAAGCGCUAUCGAAGAUGCCACCUCAGUGCCCGAAGGAAUACCAGCUGGCAUUGCUGUUCAAAUCAAAAAAGAAGUGGAUGAUACGAGAGACUAUAUGGGUCGUCAACCACAUGUGGACGCCAGCGGUGCUACUGACUUCCAAAUGCAGCCGUUCAGUGGACGAGAAGAUUUUAGCGUAAUGACUCGGCUCCUAUCGUUUGGAGAUGCAGAAGCUAGCAAAGCAAGCACCAUUGAAGGAUGUGGUGAGAUCCGCAGCCGGGCGUAUUCGGAUACAUUUUUUCGCAGCCAGUCAGAAUGCGCAUCACAAAGCUUUGGGCAGCUUGAAAGACACUCUCCGCCUAGCGACCCCUCUUUGGCCGCGACGCGUGUCGUGGCUACACCGUCUUGUAGCCCCACCGAUGAGGGCUCUCCCGCAGGUACUCUCGCCCGAGGAGGUGGAGCAGGAUCUUCGUGUUCCCCUCUGGCUGAGGGCGUCUCGCAAUGCGGCUUGUAUAGUCCGCCCUCGUCAGCACGAUCAAGCCUCACUGGAAAACAUGAUCGACAUCUGGGCAGCAGUCAGCCCGCCCCUCGCCCACGAAGCCUUUCCACCGUUUCAGCACCAAAUGCUGUCGCACUGUCGUCAAAUCUGCUCACUGGAACACGCGAUGACACCUCAAGUCUGCUCUCCUCUUUGUCUGCUGCCAUUGCUAGGUCCUCCACCCACGGAAGUCUGCCAACAAUGACUGUUUAUCCCUCCGCCACCGCCCAUAGUACCCCUACCUUUGAAGAUAUACCGUUUGAAGAGCCAAACCUCGAUUCAAUUGCUGUUCGCGCUCCCUAUGUUUCUCGAAAUGGUGCUUAUGAUAAUCUUGGGACUUCACUGGAAGGUACGACGUUUGGCGUUGACGAGCUUAGUACCGUGGAUCUUUCAAAUGAAGAUUUCAACAGCAUGUUUGAACAAGUAAUUGCUCAGUCACGUCCAUCUGCUGGUCGCGCUGUCUUGGGCAACACCUCAUCCGACUCUUACAUGCAUAACUACGCAAUGGCUGGUCCAAUGAUCAGUGGCGCAGGUGUGUCAAAUCGCUCAAGAUCACCUCCUUUGAAACGACCAGUCGUUACCUCAGUGUACGAGGAAAAUGAGCUGAAACCUUUAUCAAUGGGUGCCGGGGUGUACUGCGGUUCCACUUUAUAUUGGCCAGCCGAAAAUAUGUGGUCAGACCAGCAGAGAGUGUUCCAACAACAAUAUGGUGCAGGUGUAUCGCGCCAGGUAUAGUAGUCGUAGCCAGUGAAGUUAUCCCUCCUCACCUCUAGUCACAACACUUGUAUUCGUCCGUCUCAAGGCUAGAUUAGCGUUUAGUGUAGUUAGUGGUGGAUUGUCUAGCCAUCGCCUAGUUCGGAUAUGUUGUAACUGCCGCGUUUUUGUCUCGAUUCUUAUGUUACCUGCUCUACGUCAUGUUUGUGUCUCUUGGACGAAAUCAUGCCUAUUCAUGUCAUUCGAGAUGAUAUAUUGUUGUUUAUUGUUUUUUCUUUGCUCUGGCAUUUCUAUGUUACCGAUGAUUUUGUAACUGUUUUACCCAGACUUCCUCAUUUAAUGCUCGUUUUGAACGAGUUCCAAACUUUCUGACUCCUCUUUUUUUUUACUCUCAAUGUUUCCUCCUUUCUUUGCAGUAGUCGGGCAUUUACAUCUGUACCUAUGAGUAAUGUUCUGUUUUCUCUAUCAACGAUUCGUCUUUGUUUGCCUCAGAACUGGGUUUUUUUAGCACCAGUUGUUAUUAACUUUCUCCAAAACUCGCCUUCUCACUGAAAUUAAGUAUUAAUCCGUAAACUGCAACAACAGCUAAUCUUGAGCAUCGAAAGGUCUUGCCCGGCUGCAUCGGUGUUGUCAAUGCAUAUCGAUAACUUUCAUCUAAAUUUGUUGUUCAUUUGUACAACUAGACCCCGAUUCAUUGCUAAGCGUGUACAAAUAUCUUUGUGAUGUUUUGUAACGAUGAUCUUCUUUUAGUGUUUGGUAGAUUGUUUUAAGUUGAUAAAUUUAGAUACGCUAA